AUGGACGCGUCUGUUCACCGUGGCGCGCGAUCAAGUAUAGAUCGUAACUACAUCGUUUCCAUCAGUAUCGAUAAAAGCUAUCUUCUCGGGUAUCAACUCUGGGGGGUUGAAUUAUCGGUCACUCCCGGCUGUCUGCUGAACAUGGAUCCAAAUGAAGAAGUUGGCCUGGAAGAGCGCCUGAAAUCCGCUCUUUGGCUAGCUAUUGGCAAGAUAGUUGAUGACGAAACCAUCAAACUUGGUGUGAAUGCCACACCGCAAUUCAUCGGGGCCUUGACGGAGAUGGUUUGGGCCCAAAUAGAGACAGUCAGCCAGGAUUUAGAAUCCUUUGCUAAGCAUGCCGGACGCUCGACAGUUAAUGUUUCCGAUGUAAUGCUUUUGGCGCGGCGCAACGAAGGGCUGGAAUCCAUCCUGCGCGCUUUUGUUGACCAGCAGCGCGAGGAAGAAACUUGAAACAUCGAAAUUCUAUAGUAUGAACAUUUGCGUCUUAUGAGUGGCCGGGUCCUUUUGUUCAGUGCCCUACGGGGUAAUGUAACCCCAGACUUAUUGGCGGCUUCCUUCUCCGGACUUGCCUUAGUGCCCCCCGAGCAGCUACAUGAUCCCGCCAGUGGGACUCAAUAGCCAAAAUAGCUGGAGAAUGAGAUGACGCCACUGACUGCUUCCCCGCGUUAGGGAUGGCUAUUUUCAGCUCACGUGUUGAUAUC